UGAAUAAAGCAAGAAAAAGGAAAAAAUAGUUUGAAAGCAAAGGCAACCCAUUAAAAUAGGGUUAAGAAUUAAGAUCUCAUCAAAUUGUUUUCUAAUAAAAUAAGGUUGGUUAGCUAGCAAAAUAAAAUUCCAAAAAAAAUCUAAUCUCUGUUUGGUUUGAGUAUUUAGUUCCAUCUUAAAUUUGCAUUCUCCUUAGUUAAAUGCUCCCGGCUUUCCACAACGAAGAGAAAUCACCAAACAGUUCCUUUGAACCAGGUGGGGCGCUUUCUACACAUUCGUAUUGCUCGAGCGUGGCCUUGUUUUCUAUCUCCUUUGCUUAAAUUGACUCUCACUACGACAGCACUCACUAUUACAAUAUAUAGCCAUUAAAAGAACAAUGUCCACUGAAUUAAGGACUUGCAAAACAGUCUCCAAAUAGAGUUUUUAAUGCCUUUUAAUCACCACUAAACCAAAAAGCUUAUGCUUUUAACUCCUUUAUUUAUAAAUGACCUCUUUUAUCACUAUUAUUUUUUUUGGUUCCCUCUAAGAAUCACCCAAAAAAUGGCAGAAAAUUCGAUUCUUAGCUCGGUUUCUAGCUUGAUUCUAAGUCUUUUCACUCUCUUUUCUUGUUUGUUUGGGCACUGUGAUUCAGUUGAGGAACUUGGUGGAUACGACACUUUCACUAUAUCAAGCUUCAAAUACCCAGAAACCCAGAUCAGACCUUUUGAUAUGCGUUAUAUAAGAGUUGAUUUACCACCAUGGUUCUCUUCAAUGUCAAUAGCAUUGAAGUCAAGUGUCGACCUUGAUAUGAAAAGCAUUGAAAAAGUUCCUAAAAGUGUGCUGCCGAUGAUAUGCUUCAGAGAUGGCAGCCUUCCAUUGCCAGAUGCCUCAAACACAUCAUUAAAAUGUAUCCCACAAACAAACAUAAAAUAUUAUUUUCUUCUUUCAAUUAUUGACUUAAUGAACCCAAAUGAAUCUAGCAGUUUUAAGAGAUUUUAUCUUGUUGCAGCACUAGUUUCUCUAGCUAGUGGAUCUUUUGAAGGAAUACAAUUACUUCAAAAUACAGAGCAGUGCUAUCCUGUACCAAGAAAUCUUACAAUGAAGUUGACGAAUGAGCAGAUAUCUGCAAGGGUUUUGUAUUUUGGUCUUUUCAACGGUGUUGGGCCUACAAGAACACAGUCGAAGAUGAUUGUUCGAGGCCCCGCUUACUCCUUUGCAGCCAAUAUUAGCGUGGAAGGAUGUAUAACCUCAACGAUGCAGGGACAGUAUUGCAACCAAACUGUUGAACUGCUUUCAUGUGGUCUAUCUGGCAAUAGUUCUGGAAAUAGUUCAGUAUCUGGGUUCUUCAAUCAAAGCAUGGUUUCUUGCAGGAACAAUUUUGAGACCUCAUGCCAUGGAGAUGGAGAAAUGAAAAUAUACUCCUUAGAGAUACUACGAAUAGCUGAAUUCUUAACCAUUUCAGCAGAAAAUGUAAGGUUAAGACCUCUGAAUAUCACUGGGAAUAGUAGUGGAAUUGACUUAAUAUGCUUUGCUCGUUAUGGUGCUAUGCCUUCAGCUACUUUACAUGAUUAUUCUGGGAACUUAAAUAAAUCCCCUUUGGUUAUUUACUCCCCAAAGGUUGGUCGCUGGUAUAUUUCUAUUCUAGCCUUUAAUCUUUCAAAGGAAAUUGGUGGGUCCCAAAGUAAUGUUUCAAAAGUUUGCUAUUCCCUGGAACUGCAAGAGCUUGAAUGUCCUUUGGGGAAGGCUGGGCCAAACUGUUCAUCCGAAAGAUACAUGCUUCAGACGGUUCUCAGGAAAGAUUCCACCCCUUUUGAAUCCUAUUAUUUGCCAUAUGGUGAGAAAGUGAGGUCAGAUGCUGCCAAUUUUCUUCUUGAGCCCCUUUUAAGCAACUACUCAUUUGGAGGAGGACUGGAUACCUGGACUUAUUUUCUUCUGGACGUUCCUCGUGGUGCAGCUGGCGGAAAUCUCCAUGUGCGGCUGAUGUCAGAUAGAAAGAUAAAUUAUGAAAUAUAUGCUAGAAAUGGUGGAUUGCCAUCACUUGUUAACUGGGACUAUUAUUAUGUAAACAAGACAAGCAGCAGUCAUGGCUCCAUGUUUUUUGUAUUGUACAAUUCAAGUGAAGAAAAGGUCGACUUUUACGUCUUAUAUGUUAGGGAAGGAAUCUGGAAUAUUGCAUUAAGGCAUCUAAACAACACUGCUGGCACUUCCAAUGGCCAGACUACAAUGUCUAUUUCACUUGAAAGAUGUCCAAAAAGGUGCUCCUAUCAUGGUGAUUGCCGAUCUGCUCUUGAUGCAAGUGGAUUAACAUCAUACAGCUUUUGCGCCUGUGAUCGGAACCAUGGAGGUUUUGACUGUAGCAUUGAGAUUGUAUCACAUCAAGGACACAUAUGGCAAUCAAUUGCUCUAAUCGCAUCAAAUGGCGUAGCUGUGCUUCCUGCUUUUUGGGCUCUCCGGCAGAAGGCAUUUGCAGAAUGGGUGAUCUACACAGCGAGUGGAAUUUCAAGUGGAUUAUAUCAUGCAUGUGAUGUGGGCACCUGGUGUGCAUUAUCAUUUGGUGUCUUACAGUUUAUGGACUUUUGGCUCUCUUUCAUGGCUGUAGUGAGCACUUUUGUAUACCUCACUACAAUUGCUGAAGUUUAUAAAAGGACAAUCCACACGGUUGUGGUUAUCCUUACUGCCCUGAUGGCCAAAACUAAGGCAACCAGGUCAUCCAACAUUAUUCUUGUGAUGGCAAUUGGGGCACUAGGUCUUCUUGUUGGGUUGUUGAUAGAGUUCUCUACCAAGUAUAGGUCACUUUCCUUUUCAAUGAAUUUAUGUUUAAAUGGGCUUGAGAGAUGGCGGAUCAGAGAAUGGCUGCAGAAUCUUUUAAAGACAAUAUUGAAACGAUUUCGUUGGGGUUUUGUGCUUGCUGGUUUUACUGCACUGGCCAUGGCAGCAAUAAGCCGGAAACUGGAAAACAGUCAAAACUACUGGAUUUGGCACAGUAUUUGGCAUGUCACCAUAUAUUUAUCUUCUUUCUUCUUCCUCUGUUCAAAAGUAAUUACCAUAAAUAGUGGUGACGAAACACCCAUGGAUGGAAACUAUCAGUUAACUCGGCAAGAUUCUCUCUCAAGAGGUGCAUAGGAAAGUUCAAAUAAGGAAAUAAGCUGUUGUCAAGACGUGCAUUAAAAAAAUUUCAUCUGCCAGAGUGGUUCCUACAACCAAAACAAGACUUGACCACUUCAAUAGCUUUUUUGUAAAAUUUGCUCGUUUAUCACCUUUUCCAGGAGUAUGUUUUCUUUUUGUGAAUAUGUAUAUACACCAAUAGGUGGUAGGAAAAGAACUGAGGCAGGAUAAAAAUCAGGAUAGAAAUGUGACUCAAAACCUUUUAGUCUUCAGGGGUAUUAGAGCAGAAAUUGAGGAUAAAGGUGCAGGUGUUUCCAUCAUGUAACUGUAAAAAAUAAUUUAUAAAUAUGAUAAUUUAAGUACUUUAGAUUUUAUAAUCUUGCGAGCUUGUUUGCAGCAUGAAUAUGUGAUUAUUACAACAUUUCUCGAGUACUAAACAUAUUCCAGUCAAAAUGUAGGCAAAAAAAAAAAAAUUUAUGAAAGCGUUAUUGAGCAAACAGGUGUCCUACCCAGUUCACAACAAACCUUUUUGAUCAUGGUGGGAAAAGAGGGGAUACAUCA